AGUGAACGGACUGAGUGACUGACUGACGGACCGACGGACGGACGGACGCUCGGUGAAUGAGGGGGCGGGGUGGCGGCGGCGAUGUGCGUCUGUGCGCUCCGGGAGGAGGAGGUGAGCGUUUCCAGCGUCUCUGCAUCUAUUCGGCGGACGCUACCUUCGGAUGCAGCCAUGUCACGAGCACCGGGAGCAUCAGAGUAAGCGGCGGACACGGUAACGGACGGAGACGGAGCGCAGCGAUGGGCGGACAGAUAACGAGAAAUGCCUUUUACGACUCCCUCGGUGGUCCGUUCCCGUCCACGUCACACCGAUGUCACCACAAACCCAAGAGGUGCCUGCCCAUCCAGUGCGGCAGCGUCGGCGGGCCUUUUCCCAUCAGCCCGCUGCUUUUCCAUCCGAGUGCCAAGGGAUCCCAGAUCGUCAUGGACCUCGCCCAGAAGACGGUCAAGAGACAGGCCAGCUUCUGCAACGCCAUCACCUUCACCAACAGGCCCAUAGCGCUGUACGAGCAAGUUCGCCUCAAGAUUACUAAAAAGCAGUGCUGCUGGAGCGGGGCUCUGCGUCUGGGCUUCACCUCCAAAGACCCCUCCAGGAUAAACCCAGACAACCUGCCCAAGUACGCCUGCCCCGACCUGGUGUCCCAGAGCGGCUUCUGGGCCAAAGCGCUGCCCGAGGAGUUCGCCAACGAGGGCAACGUCAUCGCCUUCUGGGUGGACAAGAAAGGCAGAGUGUUUUACCGCAUCAACGAGUCCAGUCCCAUGCUGUUCUUCAGCGGCGUCCGCACAGCUGAGCCCCUCUGGGCCCUCAUUGAUGUUUACGGUCUGACCCGCGGAGUGCAGCUGCUCGACAGCGAGAUUGUUCCCCCCGACUGCCUCCGCCCACGCUCCUUCACCACGGUCCGCUCCUCGUCGCUGCGCCGUGAGGCCGACGACUCCCGCCUGUCCGUCAGCCUGUGCGACCUCAACCUGCAGCAGGAGGACGGAGGCUCCGCCCACGGCCACGCCCACCGCCACACCCUCCACCUGGCCUCGGCCUCGGCCUCCUCGGCCUGCCCCAUCCCGCAGAACUCCCUCAACUCCCAGCAGUCCUCGCUGCUGCCGUCCGCCCUGGAGAGCGACCUCCACUUCCACCAGCUGCGCGGCGCCCACAUCAAGACGCUGGACGAGCAGACGGUGGCGAGGUCCGAGCACGCCCGCGAGGAGCGCACGCUGGUGUUCACCAACCGGCCGCUACGCACCGGCGAGACCGUCUUCAUCAAGGUCACCAAGUCCAGCCCGGCGCGCUCGGGCUCGCUGUCCUACGGCGUGACGUCCUGCGACCCGGCGGUGCUGCGUCCCAGCGACCUCCCCUACAACCCCGAGGCGCUGGUGGACAGGAAGGAGUUCUGGGCCGUGUGCCGGGUCCCGACGCCUCUGCAGAGCAGCGACAUCCUGGGCUUCCUGGUCAACCAGGAGGGGGAGGUCAUCCUCAGCCACAACGGCACCAACGUGGGCAUGCAGGUGUGCGUGGACAACUCCCGCCCGCUCUGGAUGUUCUUCGGCCUGCACGGAGCCGUGACGCAGCUGAGGAUUCUGGGCUCCACUCAUCUCGGGGACCCACGGGCCACGUCGAACCCCAGCUCGCCCUCCUCGUCCCCGCACACCCCCAGCGCCCUGGGAAGCGGCAGCUCGGAUCCGGUCCUGAACGGAGGCCUGUGCUCGGCCGCUUACUGCAGCUCGGCGGGCGGAACAACCCCGAACUCACCGGUCAGCCUCCCCAAGUCCCCCACGUUCCCUUCAGGCCGCGGGCCGUGGUCCGACGAGUGCUCGAUCUGCUACGAGAAUGCGGUGGACACGGUCAUCUACGCCUGCGGACACAUGUGUCUGUGUUACACCUGCGGCCUCAAACUCAAGAAGAUGUCCAACGCCUGCUGUCCCAUCUGCAGGAGGCAGAUCAAAGACAUUAUCAAGACCUACCGCAGCACGUAAGGGAAGGCCGGGGCGGACGGACGGCCUCCCGAAGAUCAGCAAAAACCCCCAGAGUUGAGGAAGGAAAUGUUUAAGUUCAGGGAACACGAACUCUGGUACUUUGAUUUAACACAAAUAUUGUUGGCUGGUUCUGUCAUGUGACCUUUUCCAAAGCCGGUACCUCUUGGUCGGGGAGAUCUCUUCUCUCUUUCCCUGCGGAGGCGGCGCUUGAAGUGGCUCUCUCCCGGUAUUACGAAAGACUUUGAAGGAGGAAGGAAAAAAAACAAAACUGAAUUGAUUCUCUUUCAUGCGUUGAGCCAUGCUGUAAGAUUUAGGGACAGUCGCCGGAGCGGUCGAGUCACUUUGGGGCUGAAUGUCUCAAUAACGGCUCCGUUAGAGGACGACUGAAGCGCCGAAAUACGCCGUCAACAAGAUUUGUGACUUUAAAAAAAAAGAAAAAGCACACCGGCAGCAGGUAAUCAUCUCAGUACGUCACAACUUGUGUCUGUGUGUUACUGAGACUCGGAAAAAGAGAUGCUCAAGUGACGGAUCUCUGUUAUUGUUGUGGUGAUUAUCAGUGAGUGAUGUGUUUAGAGACGCAAGGCGGUGCUGAGUAUUUUAAAGUAGGAUUGUAACACCUCUUGUACUCAUAUAACCUAAUGUACCGUUAUGGUAGUUCUAUUGCAAACGUUGGUGGUAGCUAUGUUGUUGUGCUAGCUAGCUGCUUGCUCUGCAAUGUGGUUUGUUGCACUGAAAUCAGCAUCGUCCUCUCAGAAAUGCCCCAGAGAGGAGACAGACACUCAUCGGUUAAAUAAAAAAAACAAAAACACAACCUGCAUCCAGCAGACUCAGCAGCUCUGAAAUCAUGAAAGGAAACAGAAAGUGGAAAAACAAAACAACAAAAAAAUUUGGAUACUCCUCAGGGCCGGCAAUCUUUUUUUGUAAGAACUAUUUUCCCAAUCUCUACCUACAUAACCUAAUACACUGUGAGCGCUCAUGACGAAUUGACAAGUCCUCAAAAAUAGCUCCCAUAACAACAUAAAGUCAAAGGAUUGUUGCCAUGGUAUCAGCCUCCUGCCUUAACAACACAGAAGGUUCAUUUGCGGAUGUAUCAUGUUCUGUGUUUUUCCAAAAAAAAUAGAAAAUAAAAAAACAAAACCACAAAAAAAAAAAGAUUAAUUACCAAAUAAUGCUGUUGUGUGGCACCGACUGUCACAAAAAAUGUUCACUCAGAGGACAAAAAGCACACAAAUUCAAAUGCUAUUUUUGUAAUUCACCACAUUUCAAAUAUUUAAUCUUUGUGAUGGGACUUUCACCAGCAGCAGAGAUCCUUUACAGAAACGGGCAGGGGUAUUAACAAUAAAAAAAACAACUCAGAUUUUGAAUAUUUCUACGAACCCUGUCCCCUUAUUUCAGGUUAAAGCGUCUCCAUACACCCCCGCCCCCGUCACACAUAAGCCAUAGCUUAUACUCCAGGACAACACAGCAGGCUGAGAGGCUGUAUUUUUAAAAACCUUCAUUUUGUAGAUAAUCAACCAAACGGGGCUCAAACCUAUGCUGCUAUGGUAUUUGCCAGCUGACGGUGAUGUUUCACACGUCCCUCCUCCCACAUUACAGUUUGAUUACGCUACUGCUUGAAGUGUUAAUUCACAUUUGAAUGUUAACUUAUGUAUUUAGGGAGAUUUUUAUCGGUGUGCUUGAACUUAAAAAAACAAAAAAAAGGAGAAAAAAAAAAGUUUUAUGUGUUUUUUUGUUGUUGUUUUUUUUUUAAGUUUGUUUGACUUAAUAAUCAAGCUUCUACGAUUUUUGUUUUAUCCAAAACCAUGAGAAUCUAGAUUUGUUUGUGUGAGCAUGGAGGGUUUCUUGUACCUCGAAGCAAACAGAUAUUGCAGUACACAAUCAGACCUAAUUGCUUUGGGGUGCAAGACGCAAACUCUCGGUUUUAUUACAAUCCCUGAAUUCAGGUUUUCUUUCCGUUUUUUUUCUUAGUUUGUUUUUUUUUUUGUAAUUUAUCUUCUUGUGCGUGCGCCCACGUUAGGGAACCCUGCGACCCACUCCUGUAUUUAUAGCGCUUAUCAUUAUAUAGUCUGAAAGCCGUCGCUGUAUGGCAACGAUAAAUGUCACUUUAUGAAGCUACUGAUUGUAAUCUUGUACAUGUUUAGGCCAGCGUUGCUCUCUGAGAUUCAACCAUGGCACGUUUUAUUUUGUGCAGACACUCCGACCAAAUCCAAAAAUCAUUAAAUUUGUUUUUUUUUUUAAACACAUUGUGUAAAUGUAAUUCCUCUCAAUUCAUUAAAUUUUUUGGACCACGUCAAUUAUUAAACUCUCACUAUUUUAAUCUGUACAUGAUUUUAUACACACAUUUAAAUGAAAUUUUAUUUUCUUCAUCCAGAAUGCUCCACAGGCUCCUUGAAUGUUACUGAUCCUGUAAUGUAUUAUUUAUUUGUCCACAUGUACGGGUGGACCGAUUCCUCCAAACCUGCUUUUUAUUGUGUGUUAGCUUUUCUUCUUCUACAUUACACUGAUGCAGCUCCUCUGUGUCCGGCCGAUCACGCAGCAGCACAUUUAGACUUUCUUUCUGUAAAUCUUUUUGUCGUGCAUGAGUUUUCUGUUCACCCAGCGUGAACAUCGGGACCAACGGUAGACGAGCAUCGGAGCGGAACGCUGUUAGUGUUCGUGUAGACUGAAACCAGUGGCUAGAAAAACUAUAUAGCGCUCAGUUUGGCCAUUAUUGUGACACAGCAGCUGAAGUACUUUGCAAACCUGUAAUUUUUUCUUUUUCUUUCUUUCUUUUUAUUUGAAGCAGCAAGCGUUUGUUCGUGAGCUCUGUUCAGUGUGAGUCGGAUGAUUGUGGUUAAUAAACUUUCCAGAUGUGUUUGAGCAAAA